ACUCUUUCACUGACUGCACUUGCUCGGGUACAAGCAUUCAGGCUUUUGGGAUGUUGGUAAAGUGGGAAGAAGCUUCUCGUGCAAAUUUUUAUUCUAAGGGACUCUAACACUGGUCAAAUUUCAACUUCAAUACUUCUCUCCAACCUAAUCAUGGAAGACCAUUUUCCCCCAAAGGGAAAGGAAAUUGGCUAUUGCACAUCUCCUGGAGUUCAGUUGGAGGAAUCAACAUCUGUAGAUGGUGGAACGAAAAAUUCAGUUUCAGAUGACAUGUUUAGCUACUUCUCAGAGCUAAUGAACUUUGAUACCUAUGCUGGUUGGAGCAAUAGCCCAUCCUUGACUGAUCAGAGUUUGGCUAAUGUGUUUUCAUCAUUUUCCUCACCACCUGAUGGAUUGAAUUUAGUGGAACAUAGCAAUGGUCCAUUCUUUAUGACAGAAGUUGGUGAAAUUCACAAUGAUAUGGAAAGUUCACCAAGUUGUGAGGAGAGAGUUAUAUUUCAUCAAAUGGACAUCCAACUUGGGUUCUUAGAUGAUGCAAAUAACUUAGAUUCAAAACAAAAUCAUAAUGGCACAUCUCAGAAAAUUAAUACCUCAGACAUGUGCAAUUACAUAAUCUCAAGGUCUUCAGGAAGGUCACUUAAUGAUAGAAUGCUGAGGGCCCUGUCCUCCUUUAUGGAAUCAGCUGAUGCUGGAAUGUUAGCACAAGUUUGGCUACCUAUAAAGCAUGGUGAUGAAUUCAUCUUAAGCACAAGUGAGCAACCUUAUUUGCUAGAUCCAAAGCUUGCAGGGUAUCGUGAAGUGUCAAGGGCAUUUACAUUUUCUGCAGAAGGAAAGCCAGGAUCAUGUCCAGGACUUCCGGCUCGCGUGUUUAUAUCGCAUGUUCCUGAGUGGACCUCCAACGUUGGUUACUACAAUAAAACUGAGUACUUAAGGUUGGAGCAUGCAAUGAAUCAUGAGAUUCGUGGAUCUAUUGCUCUUCCUAUAUCUGAUGAGAACUCUCAAGUGCCAUGUGCUGUAUUGGAACUAGUCACUACAAAGGAAAAGCCUAAUUUUGACAGAGAAUUAGAAAUUGUUACUCAUGCGCUCCAGCUUGUAAAUUUAAGGACUACUACGCCUCCACGACUUCUUCCCCAGUGUCUAUCAAGCAAUAAAAGAUCUGCUUUAACAGAGAUAAUUGAUGUUUUACGGGCCGUGUGUCAUGCACAUAGAUUGCCACUAGCACUGACAUGGAUUCCAUGUUGCUACAGAGAGGGAACGGGAGAUGAAACUGAGAGAAUAAGAAUCAAAGAGGGUCGUACAAGUUCUAAUGAAAAAUGUGUACUAUGCAUUGAAGAAUCAGCUUGCUAUGUAAAUGAUGGAGCGGUAAGAGGAUUUGUUCAUGCAUGCGUUGAGCAUCAUCUUGUGGAAGGGCAAGGUAUAGCGGGAAAAGCUCUUCAAUCAAAUCAUCCAUUCUUCUAUACUGAUGUGAAGACAUAUGAUAUUGUUGAAUAUCCCCUUGUUCACCAUGCACGCAAAUAUAACUUGAAUGCUGCAGUUGCAAUAAGGCUAAGGAGUACCUAUACCAAUGAUGAUGAUUACAUAUUAGAAUUCUUCCUGCCUGUUAAUAUGACAGGGAGUUCAGAACAGCAACUAUUAUUGGACAAUCUCUCAGGUACCAUGCGGAGAAUUUGCAGGACUUUGAGGACAGUUUCAGAUGCUGAGUUAACAGGUAUAGAAGGCUCUCAAGGUGGGUUUCCAAGGGAAAAAGUCUCGGGUAUUUUUCCUUUGUCCAGGAGAAACUCUCAGAUAACAUUCAUAAAUGAUGACCAUGAUUCGGUUCAGAAGAUGUCCUUGAAGGUAUCUAACCUGAAAAAUAAUGGAAUUGAAGCUGCUCAUAGCCAGGAAAUGAAUGGAUCAAGAAAGCAGAUUGAGAAAAAGAGAUGCACUGUGGAGAAGAAUGUUAGCUUGAGUGUACUCCAACAAUACUUUUCUGGUAGUCUGAAAGAUGCUGCAAAGAGCAUUGGUGUUUGCCCAACAACAUUAAAAAGGAUAUGCAGACAACAUGGAAUUUCAAGAUGGCCAUCACGCAAGAUCAAUAAAGUAAAUCGUUCAUUAAAAAAGAUACAAACUGUGCUUGAUUCUGUCCAGGGAGUGGAAGGAGGGCUGAAGUUUGAUCCUUAUACUGGGGGGUUUAUAGCCGGUGGAUCAAUCAUGCAGGAAACUGAAUCACAUAAAUAUCUUCUAUUUCCUGAGAAAAGUUCUGUGAAAGACCCUAAGCCUGCAACACAGAAAAAAAUCUCAGUAGUUUCAGCGCCUGGUAGCACUAGUGAGAAUUCAGCAAUUAAGUUGGAUGGUAAUGACGUUGGUUUGGUGGGAAACCAUCUUGUGCACUCAAGAAGUGUGCUAAUAUCUAGUACAAGUGAGGAAGAAUUGAAGAAAAACAAUGCGUAUUCUGAUGAUUCAAAAUCAAUGGCCAUGAAUGAUGAUGGAUCUUGCAAGAAAGCAUGCCAUUGGACAAACACUCAGGAUUGUCCUGAACAAACUUGUUCAAUAUCCUUGGUUUCUGAUGAGGUCGAAGUUGGUGCAGAUAGAGUAGAAGGAGCUGAUGAACAUAACCACCCUACUUCUUCAAGAACCACAGACUCAUCCAAUGGCUCUGGCUCAAUCAUGCAUGGAAGCUCAUCAUGCUCUCAAAGCUUUGAGAACCAUAAGCAUUCAAAAGUCAAGUCAACUUGUGUUGAUAGUGGGUCAAAAAUUAUUGUGAAAGCUGGCUAUAGGGGAGACACUAUUCGUUUCAAGUUUGAUCCAUCCGCAGGUUGUUUUAAGCUAUAUGAAGAAGUUGCAACAAGGUUCAAGCUACAAAAUGGGUCCUUCCAGCUCAAAUAUCUAGAUGAUGAAGAAGAAUGGGUGAUGUUGGUGAAUGACUCGGAUUUGCAAGAAUGUACAGAAAUUAUGGAUGACAUUGGCACACGUUGUGUGAAGUUUCUUGUUCGUGAUGUCCCUUGUGUUUUAAGCAGCCGUGACAGCAACAGUUGCUUCUUGUCAGACAGCUCAUAGUGCAUGAUAUCAUGCAUGGCUUUCAUUGUGACAAUUCAAAGUCUUAGGGUUUCCAUGAGCACUUCUACCUGGAGAAAAAAAUAUAAAAUAAACUUUUACAUAAACUAAAAUUAUCUUACAAAUAAGUUAGAAAACAUAUAACUGACACAAACAAGAUUUUACACAAAUUAACUUAUGCAUUUAGUUUUGAAAAAGUUUAUUUCAUUUUUUUAAUUUUCUUCUCUAGGAAGUGUUUAUGGUGAAAUUUAUCCAACCAGACCUUUACUUCAACAAUAUUUUGUUGACUUAUCACAUUCUUUUGUGGGUUUUGGUUCACACGGAUUCUAAAACCAUCCUGGUUGGAGGAGUUGGACUUUUAGCGACCAAUGCCACACAUUGCUGCCAUUGGGUAAAAUAUUUUUUAUAGUGCAAUCUUCCAAGGUUGUUGUUUCCAGAAGAUAGAUAGAUUCACAUAGUAGCAGUAGCAUUAGCGUGUUGAAUAUGUAGAUAUGCUAGAUUAAAGUUGCAUAGAAGUUUAUGGUUGUAGGCAUGACAGACGUAUAUAUUUCCAGUUCGUAUAUAUUAAUUUGUCAUUUGAAAA